GGUUAGGGUUAGGGUUAGGAAAGGUUAUUAGGAGAGUUAGGGAUCCCGGUCCAAUGCACAGGCCAUCACAGCUCUCCACCAGGGCCUAAGGCCUACCUCUCAUUGAGGCCUUGGGGGUGAAGCGUGCCGAGUCUGGCGAUCCAAAUACGUUCGGCUCGCCGUCUUUGAGCCACACUCCAUUUUGGGUCCGCCUCCAGGACUGAGGCCCGGACAGCGUCCCAUCCGUGGAGGAGGAAGUGUCCCACCACUAAGGUCUGGUGCUUGAAAAAUUGCCCGUGACCCCUGGGUGCAGAGGUCAACAAAGGCGAGAGUUUUGCUUUGACAAGGCUAUCGAUGUCCAGUGUGAACAACAUGGCGUCCUGUGGAAUGUGAAGUGUCCUGAUUGUUUCCACAAAGUGUCAGAGACUAUAGGUCGGCCUGGAGGGAUUUCAUGCGGCCUGCUCCACUUUGUGGGAUCCUUGUGGAUCUUCGGCAGCAUGUAAAAAAGUCUCGCCCUGGGUUCAGAGGUGCCGAGAAGGUAAGUUUUCUGUUUGAGGUUGAUAAAUUUUUUGGUUAGGAGGUUUCCAAUUAUUUUUUCUAUUAAUUUUACCGUUUCUGGGUAGAUGGGCUUUACUAAUUUGGAGUAAUAUUUUGUGUCCUGUAACUGCCUGUAUCCCUCCCACAGGUACUGUUCCCUAUCCAUAACCACAACUACACUACCCUUAUCAGCUGGCUUGAUAACAAUGUUCUUAUUGUUUUUCAGCUCCUCCAGAGCCACAGCCUCCUCAGGGCUGAGGUUCGGCCUGUUGUGGCUGAUCUGAAAGUGCUGAUCAAAGUGAUCAAGGUCAGCCGUGAUGAGGGCAGCGAGCUCGGGUGGCAAAGUGCCCUCAGGCUUAUGGGGAUUUCUAGUUUAAGUGCUGGCCCCAGUGCUGCAGCAUGAGACCAGCAGUCUCCCGGGUCCAGUGGAUCUUGUCCUCCACAGUUGCAAAGGAGACCAAAAGACAGGACCACCUUCUCCACCGUGGUGGAGACGACGGACCUGGAGAGGAUGGCCUCAGCGUGCCUGAAAGUGGCUCCUGGGGGGAUUCGAAUUUGUGCUUUGUGGUCCUAAUUUCAGUUGGCGUUGGACCGCAGACCUCAGUCUGCAUGGAGUUGAGGCAGCAACAGGACUGGGAACAGGUGGAGGAGGUGCCUGUGCAGGGGGGAUCUGACCCAGGUGAGGCCUCCUGGGGGGCAGGGGUGAGGAAAGUCUCCUCACCCACCACAGGAGACCACCCCUCCUGGACCGGCUCGGUCAUAGUGGCUACGGAGACAGGCCCCGCCGCAGCUGGCAGCUGCGGCUGCGGGACAAUCUCCGCCGCCACCUGUAUGACGGUGCCCGCGUCGAGGCGACGACCCAGGUUCUUUCGUGCCCAGGAAGAAGCCACCUCGAGCGGAGCACGCCAGUGGGCCUGCGUGUGAGGAGUGGGAGCCGCUGGCUUAAUGUUGUCUGCCAGGUUCUGUCCCAUUCUGGCGAUGGCAGGAGGAGGGUCAGACGCCGAGACGUUCUUGAGGUGGUGGACAGUUUUA